UGGGGCUACUUGUAAUUAGUCUCUGUUUCCGUCAACCUAUCGCCGCUGUGCGACUUCCGUCCCUUCCAUUUGAGGGUCAAAAUCCGAAUAGCACUACCGCCAUUUCGUAAUCAUCCCGUCGGCUAGUCUGAGGUCUCGCCGUGAUCUUGUCUCUCGGCUGAAUUGACAGGCCGACGCCACCGUCCAACUUCCUCACAUCCGUGCUGCGUUCCUAGGGUUUACAUUGGUCCAGUCCCGUGGAAAAGAGAGAAAUUUAGCUUUCGUCAUUAUCACUAUGGCAAUCCCCAGAGAGCUCUAUCCCUCUCAGGACGAUCUACCCUACGAGGAAGAGCUUUUGCGAAACCCAUUUAGCCUGAAGCUGUGGUGGCGGUACCUAGUUGCCCGUCGAGAAGCCCCCUUCAAGAAGCGUUUUAUAAUAUACGAGAGGGCACUCAAGGCUUUGCCUGGAAGUUACAAGCUCUGGCAUGCCUAUCUCACUGAACGCCUGGAUGUUGUUAGAAACCUACCCAUUACCCACUCCGAGUACAGGACUCUCAACAAUACUUUUGAGAGAGCUUUGGUUACAAUGCACAAGAUGCCUCGUGUCUGGAUAAUGUACUUGCAGACGUUGACGAGGCAGAAGUUUAUCGAGCUCACUCGCCGAGCUGCAGACCGGGCACUUCGUGCUUUGCCCGUCACGCAGCACGAUAGGAUCUGGGAGCUGUACUUGAAGUUUGUGAGUCAGGAAGGGGUUCCGAUCGAGACUUCGUUGAGAGUCUAUCGCAGGUAUUUGAAGUACGAUCCUGGUCAUAUCGAGGACUUCAUUGAGUUCUUGGUGAACUCGCGUCUUUGGCAAGAGUCAGCUGAGAGGUUGGCAUCGGUUUUGAAUGAUGACCAGUUUUAUUCACUGAAAGGAAAAACGAAGCACACGCUGUGGCUUGAACUUUGCGAUUUGCUCACCAGGCAUGCCAAAGAUGUUUCUGGGAUCAGCGUGGAUGCAAUAAUUAGAGGCGGGAUUAGGAAGUAUACAAAUGAAAUUGGCAGAUUAUGGACAUCUCUAGCAGAUUAUUAUAUCAGAAGGGCCUUGUUUGAUAAGGCAAGAGACAUUUUUGAGGAGGGUAUGACCACUGUAAUCACAGUGAGGGAUUUCAGUGUGAUCUUUGAUGCGUAUGCUGAGUUUGAGCAAGGCAUGGCUGAUCAUAAAAUUGAAAAUUUGGACUCUAGCGAUGAUGAGGAAGAAGACGGUCUGGAGGAGAUUGAUUUGGAAGUGGACGUUCGGCUGGAAGUCAAGUUAAAAAAUUUCGAGAAGAAGUUACUCUCUGGUUUUUGGUUUAAUGAUGAUAAGGAUGUGGAUCUGAUGCUGGCAAGAUUUGACUAUCUAAUGGAAAGAAGGCCUGAAUUGGCUAAUAGUGUUCUCUUGAGGCAAAAUCCCCACAAUGUGGAACAAUGGCACCGGAGGGUGAAGCUCUUUGAUGGUAAUCCCGAGAAGCAGGUAUUGACAUAUACUGAGGCUGUAAGAACUGUUGAUCCGAUGAAAGCAGUUGGAAAGCCUCACACUCUUUGGAUUGCUUUCGCUAAGCUGUAUGAGAAGCAUAAUGAUCUUGUCAAUGCGAGAGUGAUUUUUGAUAAGGCAGCGCAGGUAAAUUAUAAGACUGUUGAUAAUUUGGCUAGUGUGUGGUGUGAGUGGGCAGAGAUGGAAAUCAGACACAAAAAUUUCAAAGCUGCUUUGGAGCUUCUUAGGCGAGCGACAGCAGAGCCAUCAGUUGAGGUCAAACGAAGAGUGGCUGCUGAUGGGAAUGAACCAGUCCAGAUGAAGUUGCACAAGUCCUUGAGACUCUGGACCUUCUAUGUUGACCUAGAGGAGGGUCUUGGUACACUAGAGUCGACUCGUGCUGUUUAUGAGCGAAUAUUGGACCUAAGAAUAGCUACUCCGCAGAUUAUAAUAAAUUAUGCAUUCCUUCUGGAGGGAAAUAAGUAUUUUGAAGACGCAUUCAAGGUGUAUGAGAGAGGAGUCAAAAUAUUCAAGUACCCACAUGUGAAGGACAUAUGGGUGACAUAUCUUUCAAAGUUUGUGAAGAGAUAUGGCAAGACAAAGCUGGAACGAGCUAGAGAAUUGUUUGAACAUGCCAUCGAGAUGACUCCUGCAGACUCUGUUAAACCAUUGUAUCUACAGUAUGCAAAGCUGGAAGAGGAUUAUGGCUUGGCGAAGCGAGCUAUGAAGGUCUAUGAUCAAGCCACCAAGGGUGUUCCAAAUAGUGAGAAAUUGGGCAUGUAUGAAAUUUACAUUGCCCGAGCUGCUGAGAUAUUUGGUGUCCCGAAAACAAGAGAGAUAUAUGAACAAGCAAUUGAGUCUGGUCUCCCGGACAAAGAUGUUAAGAAAAUGUGUCUCAAGUAUGCAGAGCUAGAGAAGAACUUGGGAGAAAUAGAUCGGGCACGAGGGAUAUAUGGAUUUGCUUCUCAGUUUGCUGAUCCAAGAUCUGAUCAAGAUUUCUGGACUAAGUGGCAUCAGUUUGAGGUUCUCCAUGGAAAUGAGGAUACCUUCCGUGAAAUGUUGCGGAUCAAACGUACUGUUUCUGCUAGCUAUAGCCAGACACACUUUAUUCUACCAGAAUAUAUGAUGCAGAAGGAUCAAAAGAUGAGCAUCGAUGAUGCCAAGGACAAGUUGAAACAAGCUGGGCUACCGGAGGAUGAAAUGGCUGCUCUUGAAAAGCAACUAGCACCAAUUAGCACCCCUGAGAAUGGCAAAGAUAGCAACAACAGGACAACACUUGGGUUUGUAAGCGCAGGAGUGCAGACACAGACGGACGCAGGGCUGAAGGUCACCAGGAACCAAGAAGACAUUGAACUUCCCGACGAAAGUGACUCGGAUGGUGAUGUUGAGACCCUCGAAAUUGCACAAAAGGAUGUCCCCUCCGAGGUCUUUGGUGGAUUGGUUCGAAAGAGGGAUGAUGCAGAGAAAGCCAGCGGCGAUGAAGGCCAUGAUGCUCCUACUGCACUUGGUGCUCUUGAGAGGAUAAAACGGCUUAAAAGAGACGGGCUAAAUGCCUAAAUCACUAGUAAGCCAAUUUGUAUUCGAGAUUUCCCACCCGGAGUUUGCUGCCUAACUUGUUGAUUGCUUUUAUCUUAAGAUAGAUAGUUGCAACUUGUACGCUCUAGGCCUGUACAAGUUACACCGCUGAAAUCCAGUUUAGUCGGGCAUAUUCUCCUCAGUGGUUGAUAGUGUUUCCGUUGCUGUUGUUUUCCUUCCAUCUCCUUUCACUAAAUGCAAUUUUGCAAUCUGAAGUCACUUGAUAUGUGGAUACAAAGUAAGAUAGUUUCUGUGGUAUCUGUUAUUCUGCCUGACUAAAGUGUUGUUAUCUAAAGUUUUGCGUGACGAGAGCCCAGUCACUUUAUUUUCAGAUGCUAGAACCGUUCGGAGGCUGGAAGCAUCGAGUGAAGAUGGAAAGAACAGACCACUCAGUACCCGUGUUCUCGAUCGAAUCAAUCAAUCCUCCAUAGGCACGGCAGAAUCAAGCGUAUGAGCCCUAACAGGAGCAUGUCAUGGAUUGUUUAGGUUGCUGGUCGUCCAGGAGCAUCAGCAGCCUGCCUCUCAUUUCUUGGCUUUUGGUUUCUUUAUUUUGCACUGCCUCCAGAAAGUGUCCAAUGGAGAAGAAAACGAGUUGUUAGGUUCUAGUUCUAGCUCGGCACAGGGAAACCAUGCACUUGGCAUCCUUCCACCCAGUCAGUUGACUAUCAGCAGCCGGUUGGGUGUUGGAGUUGCUGCCACACUCCAGUUCAGAUUUGAGAAUAUGCUUUCUUCCUAUGCUGUUGUUGCACUUAAUUAUAUGGUGGUUUGUUCUACCAUCAUUUUCAUCCUUCUCUAAGCUAAAGCUGUGGUGGAAAACGACAUUGUCUGUCUCCCUAUUCAAAUAGUGGCAUUUGGCAGGGACAAAAUGGUGGUGUUGUUAUUGGAGAAGUAGCACAAGAACGAUGAGACAGCAACGUGUAUAUACUCUAUGCAUAUGUACUAGUAUAGUUUGGAAAAUGACUUGUGCCGUUACUCUGUAAGAUACAUGUAUGCUACUUCCACGUUGGCUGCGUAGACUUGUAAAAUUGAUGUUUUGAUUCUCGAG